GUGGUUCGAGGCUCCUCCUGCUGUCGGAAAGACGCCAAGGAACCGACGACAACCAUUGAUCAUAAUUCCAUUUUUCACGCGAUACUCGGCUUCAACUCUGCGAUAUACCCUCAUUUCUACGUCACGCACGCCUGCAUUUCCUUGCAUUCACCUUUUCGCAUCACGCAUAUCGCAUCUCGAUUUCCUUCACGACAGCGACGACCGACGAGUUUUUUUUUUCCUUUGUUUACAAUACUACAACAAGCACCAAAUCAACACCAGAAUCAUCACAUGAAAGCCUGCAGACCACCAUACCACAUCGUACGACGAUAGAACUUGCGAAAUGGCGGCCGACGUCCCGGGAUCACCGCUCGCCAAAAAUGCCACGGCCGAGGAGGCCCUGGCCUGGUACAAGUCUCAGUACGAAGAGCUUGAGCAGGAACUCAAGGAAUUCCAACAGUCGUCCAAGGAACUCGAGGCCGAGCUGGAAAAGGACUUGGACGCCGCCGAUAAGAGAGAGCGCGCCCUACAGCAAAAGGCCGAGGGUUUAUCCUACGAGGUAGAGGAGUGGAAGAGAAAAUACAAAGAAUCAAAAUCAGAGGCAAAUGCUGCGCAAAGUGCGCUUGAGAAGGAAAUCACGGCUCUGCGCGAGACCAACAGAACCCUUCAACUAAAGCUACGCGAUAUCGAAGUGGCCAACGAUGACUUUGAGCGCCAAGCCCGAAACACGUCUUCCUCACUUGAGGACCUCGAAUCCAAGUACAAUGUCGCCAUCGAGCGCGCCGUCAUGAUGGAGGAGGAAAUCAAGAUUGGGGAACAAGAAAGAGAACGGCUACGCGUCGAAGCCCAGCGAUUGCGCGAAGAAUUGUCCGACCUCAAGAUUGAAGCCGAGAUCCUGCAGUCCAAGCUUAGGAAGCACCAAGCCCGCGGACAUCUCACCCAGAUUACCACCACGAUUGCCCCCGCGCCCGCUUCACCGCUGUCGACCGCCAGCUCGCCCUUGGUUACAACUCCACCCGAUACCAAGUCCCUGUCCACGAUCGACACCUUGUCCGAAGUGCAAGAUCCACCAUCGCCGCCCAUGUCGGACGCCUCGCUGGGCAAGGGUCUUAGGGCAUCUAGGAGCACCCCCGUCAAGCAGACGGCGUCUAGGCCAGGAGGGUGCAGGACACCCAAGACAUCCAUCUCCAAGUCAGCGGCGGCCAAGUCGUCAGCACAGGCAACCCACAAGGCCAACCGGUCCAUCAGCGAGAACAACAUCACGCCGAAGCCGAAGCCGCUCAGCUCGUCGACUUCCUCGCAAACGAACCGUCCUUCCAACGGCCGCUUCAACAACAACAGCUAUCCUAUGGUGCGCACGCCCUCGUCGAGGCCCUCUGCCGCUAGAGCCGCUGAGAGGCCACGGGCGCCGGUGCACAGGAUUCCUCCGUCCAACUCUCUCACCCAUAUCCGAACCCUUACCGCGCAGAUGCAGAAACUCGAAGCCCGUGUCCACUCUGCUCGCUCCAAGCUUCCGGCUGGUCCAGCGCAGACGCCACCUAAGCAGUCGCCGCGCUUCAACGGAGGCAUUGGAGGUAUUGCCGCCACGGUAGCCAUGCGCGGGAAGAAGCAGCGAGGAGCUGGGGCCUCUACGCCCAACCUGCUAGAAGACGACAACGCGUCCGACAUUUCCAACACGCACAGCAACCCCGACUUUCGCAGUAGCACCUUGAAUCUCAGCAAGCACAUCCCCCGACUUAGCACGUCAGGAGUGUCUCGUAUAGCCUUCGGUCCCCUACCAAUCCGCCACCCCGCCUCCGCCUCAACAACAUCGACAAGCACAGCAACCGCCACAAACGUUGACUCGGAAGUCUCGCGGCCCAGCAGCCGAGCUAGUUCCUCGAGCUACGCCCGUCCGAUCAGCCGAGCCGAGUCCCACUCCACAGCAGCGUCAGGGUACAUGCCCUCGUCUUCCUCGCGACCUAUCAGCCGGACCAGUCUACCUGGACAUGGGACACGAACUCCCGUAGGCUCGUGGCCACGCAGCUCGGGGACACUGAGUACAUAUGGCCACGGCCCCGCCCACAGCCAAGCGAGCAUCAGCUAUAGCACAGCGGAGGAGGACGAGCUUACGGAUGAUGGGCAGCGGGAGUUGAGGCCAAAGACGACGCCCGCGAGGAGGAGGACAGGGACACUGAGUGCACGCGACGCCCCUGAUCAUCAUCAUACUGGUAUUCCGAUACCAGGAAGUGGAGGGAACAGGAGGCAGAGUGGCAGCUCGAGCGCGAGUAGGUCAAGUGUUACGGGUAGCUUGAGUCUGAGGAGGCCGAGUAAUGCGGCGGCUCUAGGGCAUGGGCAUGGACAUAGCGCGGGGUACGGACAUGGACACGGAUCGGUGGGAGGGAGCACGACAGUGAGAAAGGUGGUGGAUUUGGGGGAGACUUAUUGAGGGUUAUGAGGAAGUAAGAAACGGAAUUUUUGGGAGGGGAGGAGCGGAGGAAACAUGGAUAUCGAUGAUAUGGAUAUGGCAUGCAUAUGGAUAUUGCUUGGAAGGGCAGAGAUGAGAGGUGUGGGAGGAGGAGAGAGGAGCCAAGAGGACGAGAAUGAGCAAAGAAGAAAGAUGAGAGAAUGGGAAUUCUGAUGGACAGGAAGGAGUACGGACUACUGGCUUGCUUGGUUGGCUUGCGGU